AUGAUAGGAGUAACAGUCGUCGCUUUGAUUGGGGUGACAAACUCCCUCCUUGGCAAGCUGUCCAUCCUACUUGGGAGGGAGUACAACAAGCUCAGAGGUGUUCAAGCCGGCAUCACAUCCCUGAGAGAUGAGUUGAUCAGCAUGAAGGCUGCACUUGAGGACUUAUCACAGUUGGAGGACUGUAACUCACAGGUGAAUCUGUGGAAGCAUCAGCUGCAGGAGCUAUCCUAUGACAUUGAGGACUGCAUUGAUAUUUUUUUGUAUAGUAUUGACCAUGGAAAUGCUUGUGAUGGGAUCAUUAACAAGAUUGUUGGUUGGCUCAGGACGCUGAAAGUAUACAACCACACUGCUAAGCAGAUUAUUGCAUUGAAGGAACGUGCUGCGGAGGUAAAUGACCGACGCAAGAGGCUAAAGCUUGAUUCAGCCACUCUUACUUCUAAGGCAGUGGACAUUGACCCCCGGUUACCAGCACUCUUUGAGGAAGCAGAGAGAUUAGUGGGAAUCGAUGGCCCAAGGGAUGAACUUGCCGAGUGGCUUACCAAGGACAAUGGUUAUGCACAAAAUCUCAAGGUUGUCUCAAUUGUUGGAUUUGGAGGCUUAGGAAAAACAACACUUGCCUGUCAGGUCUACCAAAAGAUAAAAUGCCAAUUUGAUUGCACAGCUUUUGUAUCUGUAUCACGGAAUCCUAAUAUCAAUAAGAUCUUGAGAGACAUACUUUCAGAAGUUCUUUAUGCAAGCAACCCGAUGUCAGAUUAUCAGAAGAAUCACUUCUGGAGGAUCAAGGAAAAUCUUAAUCAACCACUGGAAGAUCAUCAACUCAUCAACAUGAUUAAAGAAUAUUUAAAAACUAACAGGUACUUCAUAGUAAUUGAUGAUAUAUGGAGUAAAUCAGCAUGGGAAAUUAUCCAAUGCGCUUUUCCAUAUAACAACACUGCGAGCAGGAUAAUGACAACCACUCGCAUUCAAGAUGUUGCUCAAUGUUGCUGCUUUAAACAUGAAGAUUAUGUUUAUGAUAUUAAACCUCUUAGUAGUGCUGAUUCAAGAAAAUUAUUUUUGAAAAGGAUUUUUGGAAACGAGGACACUCACCCUACAGAGCUCAAAGAGAUUACUGAUGAAAUACUAAGAAAAUGUAGUGGUUUACCAUUGGCCAUAAUCAAUAUAGCUAGCCUAUUAUCAACCAAACCAGUUACCAAACAAGAGUGGAAAAAAGUAUGGAAUUCUAUUGGCUGCAUGCUCAAGCAAAACCAAGAUCUAGAAACAGUAAAGAGGAUAUUGUUUCUAAGUUAUUAUGACCUACCUCAUCAACUGAAGCUCUGUUUAUUGCAUAUAAGUGUAUUUCCAGAGGAUCAUGAAAUCAAGAGAGAGCGUUUGAUAUGGAGGUGGAUAGCUGAAGGAUUGAUUACUGAACAACAAGGAGUGAAUCUGGAAGAGGUAGGAGAAAAAUACUUCAACGAGCUGGUCAAUAGAAAUAUGGUGCAACCAGUGGACAUUGACUAUAAUGGUAGAGCAAAGGCUUGCCGAGUGCAUGAUAUCAUGCUAGAUCUCAUUAUAUGCUUGUCAAUUGAAGAGAACUUUGUUACUAUAAUUGAUGACCAGAAGUCCAUGCCUUCGUGUAACAAGGUUAGGCGUCUUUCCCUCCAAACAAGCUGCGAAAAAGCAAAUAUAUGGCUUGGAACCAACAGAUUUUCUCAGGUUCGGUCACUUAAUGUCUUCGGUGAUCUGAAGCAGAUGCCCCCUCUCUUUGACCUACAGGUUUUACGAGUUCUAGAUCUAGAGGAUUGUUCUAGUUUGAAGGAUGGUGACAUUGAGAAUAUUGGAAGUUUAUUUCAGUUAAGGUAUCUAAGUCUUCGAAACAGCCAUAUUACCAGGCUCCCAGCACAAAUUGGGAAUCUACAACUUUUGCAAACACUCGACCUCAGAGGGACCCGAAUAAAAGAAUUGCCAGAGACUAUAACUCAACUCCAGCAAUUGGUUCGCCUUCUACUGGGACGCUUUGGUGUAAAAAUGCCAAAAGGGAUCAGCAACAUGAAAUCCCUUGAGGAGCUAGUGGUGCUUGAUGGGAGCAAGAACUCCAUGGAUGCUGUUGUCGAGUUAGGUGAUUUAACAAAUCUGAAGGUAUUUUCUAUAUAUUGGCAUCCUAAUGGUGAAAUUCACAACGAGGGAAGAUACACAAAAUCAAUUAUCUCAUCACUCUGCAAGAUAGGAGAGCACAACCUCCGAUCCAUUCACAUAACACAUGGCUACAGUCUUUUACUAGACUUCUUGGUUGAUUCAUGGUAUCCUCCUCCACGUCAUCUUGAAAUGUUUCGAAUGGUUUCUCACUUUUAUUUUCGUAGGCUUCCUAUUUGGAUGUCUUCCCUGUCUGAGCUCACCUGGUUAGACAUCAACAUAAAACAACUUGGAGUGGAAGAUAUGCAGGUGUUACAAAACAUGCCUGCGUUGCUAUGUCUUAAACUUUACCUUGAGGAAUCCCCACAAGAAACACUUGUCAUUAGUCGCUCUGGAUUCCGAUCUUUAAAGGUGUUCUAUUUUUAUCCAUUGAAUUGUGAGCUUGGUUUGAUGUUUAGAAAAAAUAAAAAAGAUGGACUGGGCCUGAUGUUUGAAGAAGGAGCAACACCAAAGCUCCAACGGCUUGAAUUCCGAUAUUGUGCACAUGAUGCAAUAUCUGCAUAUGGUGUUGGUUUUGAUUUCGGUAUCAAGCAACUUACCUCCCUCAAGCAUCUCCGUGUGAGCAUUCAUUGCAGAGGUGCGAGCGCUUGGGAAGUCGAGGCUGCUGAGGCUUCAAUUAGAAAUACAGCCUACCUUCUUCCCAACCAUCCUAUACUUGAAAUGUAUAGACUGUCAGAACAUGAAAUGGUGAAGGAUGAGGUGCAAUGGGAUGAGGAUAUUGGAUAUUAUGGAGAUGAGGAUUAAAAAGAUGGAACCAAACAAAUGAAGUAUUUCCAGCAAUGAAUGAGGUCUGAGAUUCAUAUUAUGUAUAUAACUUAUUCUUAAAUUGAGAAGUCUGUAGCUGGCUAAUUCAUAUCACACUUAUAUUAGUUUUGUAUAUAUCCUUGUUUGGCUUUCAGUUGAAGCAUCACAAAGCUGUUGUCACGAUUCAAGUUCACAUGCAGCCAAGCAAAUUAUAUUGACACCCUAUCUUUAUGUUCCCACCCAGGGCCAUCAACAUAUUCCAUUUUAUAUUUUCAUACCUAGAUCAGUCCUCAAGGAAGAAGUGUAUAGUUAAUUGCAAAAUUAAUUAUGUCUGAGCGUCAUGACUCAGAGAACUCAAAGAACUGAGUCUAUCACCAUGUACAUCAGUGAAAACCACAUACUUCUGUCAAGGUAAAGUGGGUGGUUCCAUAUUGAGUCAAGCAUUUGUAUGUAUGAACCAAUGAUUCCAUCAUGCUAAUCUCAAAUCAUGAGGGAUGCAGCCAUGGAAAGA